AUGGACUAUAGGUAUGAACUAGACAUAUCUUGGUUAAAACAGUCAUCUCCCGAGCAGGCAAAACACAAUGACUAUAUAAGCGACACACCCCCUGCUUUGCCAGAGAAACCACCCCGUCAUUUUCUGGAAGCGAUCAGAAAAGAAUCAAUAUCUAAUGACCUCCUACUCCAUGAUUUGGAGUCUGCAAGUUACAAGAACCCAUUGAAAGGACCAAGGGUUUUGCCUCAAGAAUCUUAUCAUAUUCCAACCCAACCUCUGAAGGUUCCUAGUCAAAAGAAGCUUCCUAACCCAUUGUCGAUCUCUCCAAAUGCAAUGAACCCCAUACAACAACCUCUCCAGUCCCUUAACUCCCCACAGCACCUCUAUUCUCCUCCCAAACUGCCAACUUUACCUCAAUUACCAUUGAAGAUGCUUAAAAGUGACUCUCCUCCUCACGUUUCUGAUAUGUAUACUAAGCCAUUACCAAAGACCCCAAUGGAGAGGGACCCCUCCAGUGUAAGGGUCCUUCCACCAGAGCCACUUUCUUCUGAGAGACGCAAAAGCUUGUCUCCCCUGAGAGUCGAAACAUCUGAUUCAUUUGGGGUGUUUGGGAGAAAAUCCUCGCCAUUAAAGUCCACGCCUACGGAAAGCCCUUCAAAAAGGAGUUGGCCCUCACCAACUAAAAUAUACCAAAAAUUAACUCCAGAGAGAUCUUUCAGGAACAGAGAUAGUUAUUCAUCCGAUGAAGAUGAAAGUAUACCGAAUGAUCAGUUUACCUUUUCUGAUGAUAUCGAGAUAUAUCCUGAAGAGACGAACCUGGAUGAUACCUUGGAUGAGAUAACUUACCUUCUUGAAGAGAACAGGCUUAAUCCCAGCCAAACCUUGCCUGAGCUACCAUUCACACCCAAUAGCCUUCUCCCUUCUGAUUUUGAUGCUUUAGAAUACUCAAAUUUAUUGAGCAGUAUAUGGGAUUGGUGUAUACGGCUUUUUGAAAAGAACUUAAGAAAACUGCCAAACUAUAAUGAUCUCUUGAAAUGUUUAUACCUUUUGUUAAACUAUUGGUUUCCUACGCUUUCACAUUAUUACUUGGAAGAACAGGCUGGCUUGAUACUACAAGAACUGAUUCAACAAGGCGCAAUAUCUCUCUCAGAGGAUAACCUUCAAAUAGUACCCAAUUAUGAUGCUUACGUCAACGGAGUAAUGCUAGGAUUAGUUUGCUGUUAUGGUCAGCACUAUGAUAACGGAGACUAUUCUCAAUGCUACCGACCGUCUUGUGCAUAUGGUAAAAAUACAUUCAAUAUUCAGCUUUCCAAACCACCAUUAGAUAAGGUUGAUUCUUCGUUACCGGUUCAAGAAAGAAUAAUACAGUACACAAGUGGAAGUUGGGAUGAUUUCUGGGGAGUUUCACUUGAACAAGUGAAAGGGUUGCCUCCUAAAACUUACGAAUUACAGGCAACUAUUUUUGAGUUGAUCCUUUCUGAAUUGAGAACAGCCAGAAAUGCGAAAGUAUUGACAGAUGUUUAUUCCUCCAAGUUCUUGAAAGAACACCCUUCCAUUAUUAAAAAGGGUGAAAGGAUCUAUGAAGGGCUAUUUCAGCCAUUGCAAGUAUGGAAUGAUGUACAUCGGCAGUAUUUGGUUGAUUCAUUGCUUGAAACUAUCAAGUCACAGGGAAAAUUCAUCUCCAAAUUCGCCUCGAUAUAUAUACAAUGGGCAACCAGAGCUGAAGCAGUGUCGAUUGCUUAUGUGUCAAAGUCGUUUCUUUCUCUCAAGAUUCUUGAAGCUGAAAAGAAACGCCCAGGAUCCAAGCUCAUAAAGUGGUUUGAGGAUAUAUCUCGCAGUGUCCAAAGCUCUCUUAUUGACGAUUACUCCAUGAUAAUACGAGCACCCAUCUUUCGUCCCAUUAAGUUACAACCAACUAUCGAAAGAAUAUUGAAAUUGACAAAUGAUAAUGACCCAGAGAAGGCUGAGUUGGCCAAGGCCUUGAAUAUGAGCCGCACUUUAAUGAAAAAUGUUGAAAAUGCAGUCAACGUUUUAGAUUCACAGCAUAGUAUAGGCAUUUUGAAAAGGGAAUUGGACAGUAAACACAGUAUCGAUUAUUUAAAUCUUGACCGAAAAGGGCGAUAUGUUGCCGAAAGUGGAGAUGUUAAACGCAAGAGUAUCAUUGACAAAUCAAGUUAUCAUUUAAUUCUUUUAGACAACUACCUACUAAUUACAGAGAGAAUUCACGAUGAUCCUGUAAAAAAGUUCAAAAUUGUCGAAUCUCCAAUUCCCGUCGAGUACUUGCUUUUCAGGGCUAAGGAUAAAGAGACCAGCUCCAAUUCAGGGCAACCAAAUGCUGCAUUGGAUGAAGCUGAUCAGUUUUCGUUUAAAAUCAAGCAACUAGGUUCUGAUACGUCUCACACUUUUUAUACACAGACCCGAGAGGAUAGAAACAAAUGGCUGUUUUCGAUUAGUACGGUGAAGCAACGUCUUUCAGAAAAAGUCAAAAGGUAUGAGCCGUUUUCAUUGAGUGUUGUCUCCGAUCGAGAGUUUACAUACUCUCAAAGUGACACUGUUAACAAAAUCAAUCCUCUUCCUAAAGAUGGCGCAUUAGAUGUUGCAAUUAGAUCUGUUGAGGAUUUCGACGAUACCUCUACUAAGAUCCAAAGCAACGUAUUAUCGGCUUGUAGUUUUAGGUACAACAACCAGGAUUAUGUUUUCUUGGGUCUGUCACUUGCCGGUUACGUAAGUUUGAAAGGCCAGCCAAACUCUGCAAAGCGAUUGUUAGAACUUUCAAACAUCAAGCAGUGUGCAGUACUGGAAGAAUAUGACUUACUGAUUGUCCUUUCAGAUAAAAAGUUGCUGUACUUUAACUUAACUGAUGUCAUGAAAGUUUAUUUUGGAACUUCCCAUUCUGUGGAGGGAGAUAGAUUUUCAAGACAAAGUGUUUCAUUUUUUGCUGUUGCAAGAAAUUAUGAAAACACCACGAUGAUCUUUUUUAUGAAACCAAAGGCAAGAGUUUCGAAUUUUAAGAUUCUAGUUCCAAUAAGAGAUAGCGUUUCAAAAAAAUUUGACUUCUUCCUUGAGCAUAAGAAGUUUUGCGUCGAUUGCGAUACUUACAAGAUGACCCUAUUCAAAAACUCAUUUGUCGUACACACUUCCAAAGGAUUUGAAUUGAUGUCAUUGUCUGUGCUAAAGCCUCAUCCGAUCCCUGCUCUUCACUAUUCGGAUCUUUUUGUCGACGGCCACACAUCUGGUAACUACAGCAGCGUUAAAAAAAGAUUGAAUUCCAACAAUCUGAAACCAGUGGGGAUUUUCCGACUUUAUAGUAGUGGAAAGUUUCUGUUGGUGUACUCACAAUUUGCUGUAUUUGUGAACCGAGAAUCUGAAAUCGUUGGUGAAUGCAUUGAAUUUCAAUUCAAGUGUAAGAGCGCCGCUCUUGAUCAUGACUACCUAAUUGUAACUAACGACCAAGUUAUUGAAGUCUGGAUGAUUGGGAACGAUGAUGCGAAAAUUGUUCAAUUUUUUACAGGAGAGAAUGUUGUAUUACUUGAUGAUACACCUGGCGAAGCUUUGGUUUCGAUGACCCACCCAAAACACCCCGAGCGGCAACUGGUACUGAGUUUUUGUUUGAAGAAUCAGUUCAAGAGAGUUGUUCAAUACUAA